AUGGCUUGUGGAAUUGUACCUGAAGUUCUUAACCAAAAUAAUUAUACACCUUGGAGUUUGCGGCUUAAAACCUACUUGGUAGCUAAAGAUCUUUGGGACGUUGUCCAAACGGAACCUCUCAAACCUGAACCUCCAGAAGUUGCAUGUCCAAGUGAUAAGGAGCAGAAGAAUGCCGAGGCUUUGCAUGCGAUCCAGCUUUCUUGCGGGGAUGACAUCUUAAGUUUUAUCAGUGACACCACCUCGGCCAAAUCCGCAUGGGAUAUUUUGCAAGACAAGUUCGAAAUAACCCGGAAACUUUUCAAAGAUAAAACAAGACAUGAGAGUGACGAUGACGACUCCUACCUUAAACCUUUGUUCAAGCAUGUGAGGGGCGGUGAUUGGAAUGCUGCAAAGGCGUUUCUUGACCAAAAUCCUGAGGCAAUAAGAAAAGUAUAUCCUGCGGACGGAGGGACGAUUAUUCACGCAGCAAUUUUGGGUCGGCAGUUUUAUAUAGUGAAAAAGCUGCUGCAAUUGAUGAGAGAAGAAGAUUUGGCGAUAACAGAUGUAAAUGGUUGCACACCUCUGGUUUAUGCUAUAUACCAAAACAGUAUCGGAAUAGUUGAAAAGAUGAUUGAAAAGAACAAGAAUAUAGCGACCAUGCGAACUUCUGCUCCCAACGCCAGGAAUCCUGUUUUAAACAACAGGACUCCUGUUCUCCACGCUGCUUCAUUGGACUUGAAUGAAAUCGCUCGCAAGCUUUAUACAGUCACUCCUCUCGAUGAACUAACGCGUGGACCCAAUGAAGGCCGCGACGGUGCUGAACUUAUUUCCCCUUGUUUCUAUUGA